AUGAAAAGCCAUCAACCAAAACACCUUAAAACCCAACUUUUCUCAUGCGGCUUCUUUCGACAGUGUGGCCAAACAGUCCUUAGUCCCACCGCCACAGGAACCACCCCACCACCGCUGCCACCACCACAACUUCCUCUCACUCACACUCACACCUCAACAACAUGCGAAUCUUCAACUUCCUCUUCUUCUAACUCUGCCACUUCCCAAAGCUUCACACAAUGGAGAUUCUCUCUUCCAACUCCCACACCCCCACCUACACCAAACACACCCCCUCCCGCUACUAUGACUCAUCACCUUCCUUUCCUUUCCACCAUUCCCAACCUCCAGGAACUCUUCCAUGUCUCCGACCUACAACUCACCACUGACCUCAACGCUGCACUUCACCUUCUAGAACGGUCCCUCGUUCCCAACCCGCCUCAAGAACAACCACCGUGUCCUCCCAAUCUCAUGCGCGCGCUGAUCCAUAAUCUACGCGAGUCCAAACCCGCCACCAAGAUUCUCUUCGCGCUUUGUCUCUCGGAAGCCAACCGUCGUGUCGCGGUUGAAGCCGGAGCCGUAGGCGCCGUCGUGGAGUCUGCUCCGGAGCUAGAAGGUCCUCCCGCGGAGAGAGCUCUCGCUGCGCUGGAACUCAUGUGCACGGUGCCGGAGGGUGCGGAGGAGGUGAGAGCUCACGCGCUGGCGGUACCAGUUAUGGUUACUGUAAUGGGAAAAACGGGGGCGCGUGGGAAGGAGUAUGCUAUUGGAGUAUUGGCUGUGAUUUAUGGCGGUGAUAUGGCGGAUCAACAAACGGCACCGCCUGAGGAAGUGGCGCGUGCGGUGGAGUUGGCACUUCAAGGAGAGUGUAGCGCUAGAGGAAAGAGAAAAGGGGGACAGCUUUUAAAGACACUGCAACAGCUCUCUAACCCCCACUCGCAUGACACAAGUUGA